GGCGGCAGGCACAGCUCCAAUUCUUAGCCAAUCUGCCAGAGUGCUGGUCCAGGACACGGUCCCUUUAAAUGUAAUCUUGCCGGCCACCAGCAGGGGCAGCACUGAGCAAGCGGCCGCAUCUCUGCUCCUGGAAGCUUCUGCUGGUGCAGGUGCCAGGGACGCGGUGGAACUGGGGGGCAGUGGGAGCGGGGGGACGCGGACGUGGCGAAGCAGGCGUGGGGCUGCACAGCCCACCAGGCACGGCGGGAUAUCAGCUCUUAGCAGUGGCCUGUCCUGUUGGAGGGUGUCUGCCCACACCUGCCCAGUGGUCAGUAGUCAUCAGAGAGCAGGGAGUAUGGGGACCACAGCAAUGGCAUUGCUCACCCUUCCAGCCUGCUGGUCUUACUGAAGAAGAGAAUGGCCCGGAAGACAUGGCCCAGGUCAAGAGCAGGACCUGAGGGGCUAGACAGCUGGGUUCCUCCUGCAGGUCCUUCCGACGACAGCAUGGAACAGUUGCCUGCAGCCUCCGCCAAGCUGCAAAGCUGGAGCUGCCCUGCCCCAAGCACCCCAGGGCAAAAGUCCCGCAAGGCCUAGGGAGCUGCCACCGCCAGCCUGGGGACCUCUUUUAAGAUGACCCGCACAGACCCGCCGGACCUACUGGUGUCGACCGUGUACCAGGAUAUCAAAGUGGCGGCCCCGGGGCCCGCGUCAAGGCGCCAGCCAUGUGAGCGCUCCGAGGCCCGGUCUGCUGCGCCCGCGCCUUUCAACAAGCGCCACUGCCGCAGCUUCGACUUCCUAGAAGCGCUGGACGGGGAAAGCAUGGAGGCCCGGCAGGAGCCGCCGCCCGCUGAGCCCGCCGCGCUGCGCACCCGUUCGCGCGAUGGCGAGUCCCGGCGCCGCGCCCGCUCCAAAAGCGCGCCGCGCGCGCCCCCGAGCCUAGCGGCCGCGCCUGCUUCCCCACCAGUGCUGCAGCGCCGAGGCCGGGAGACGCAGAGGGGAGUUCGGACCGAGACGUCGCCACGACGGGAGCCCGCGUACCCCGCUCUGCGAGCGCUCGCCAACGAGCUGCACCCCAUCAAACUACAGCCACAGCGGGGCGGACCCGGCCGCAUCGCGCCCCUGUGCGCCGCCGCGGGCCGCUGCGCGCCGCCAGAGCCCCCCUCCGGGCCCGCGCCCCACGUCCGCUGCCGCCUGGACAUCAAGCCAGACGACGCGGUGCUGCAGCACGCCGCCCGGGGCUCUAGGCCCUGCGGGCCCGCCGAGCCCGCGCCCUGGACCCGUGCCACCGCGCAGUUCUAUGGCCUCAAGGUGCCCGGGCCCCGCCACGGGGCUCUGUCGCGCACCUCCACCCCCACCGACGCCUACUGCGCAGACCCGCGGGCGCUGUACCGCGACGGGCCGCUGCCCGGGCCCCGGGACUACGGGGAGCGCCGCAGUCUGUCCUUUGCCACCCCGCCCGGCCCCACCCAGUUCUUCUACACAGAAGAGCCCGAGGGCCACUCCGGUGGCUUCAUGGGCAGCCCGGGGGCCCCCUUCGACAGCUACUACCCCAGGCCCUUCCCCUCGGAGGAGCUCCCGGUGCCCAGUCCAAGGCGUGUAGGCAGCUACUAUCCGGGGGACGUGCGUACCUACCCGGUCCAGGAACCGCCUUCCCGUUCCUACUACGGGGAGGACCCCCGGGUCUACAGCCAGUUCUACGGCUCGCGCUAUGCCCCUGAGGAGCCGCGGGCCCACUCGAUCUCCCGCCCCUUUUAUACGGAAGACUUCGGACGGUACCGCGAUCGCGACGUACUAGCACAGACAUACCCGUACCCACGCAGCAGCCAGGCCUGGGGUGACUGGGGCCCGCGGCCUUACCGAACCCUGCAGGUGGCUCCUCCCCCAAACCCGGGACCGCUGCUCUCCUCCUGGCACGGCGGCACUGGCACCAGCCCGCCCCGGCUGGCCACAGACAGCCGCCACUACUCGCGCUCCUGGGACAACAUACUGGCGCCGGGACCCCGCCGAGAGGACCCCUUGGGUCGCGGCCGCAGCUAUGAGAACCUCCUGGGGCGGGAGCCUCCGGGCACAUCCCCCGAAAGCCGACGCCCACCCGUCGUCGUGAACCUGUCCACUUCGCCUAGACGCUACGCAGCCCUCUCGCUGUCGGAGACGUCGCUGUCCGAGAAGGGGCGUGUGGGCGAUGGCCUGGGCCGCAACUGGUAUGUCACCCCCGAGAUCACCAUCACCGACAACGACCUUCGAGCCGUGGAGCGCCCGACCACCAGGCCUUGGGAACUGCCCGGGGGGCGCCAGCCGCCACCGCCUCCCGCGGCCCCCGACGGCCCCACCUCUGGACGGCAGCGCAGUCUGGAGCAGCUGGACGAGCUCAUCACUGACCUGGUCAUCGACUCACGCCCCACGGCCGGCCAAGCCCCCGAGGCGGCGGCGGACGGUCUGGGCUCCCAGCUGCGCCGCCUGCUGGACUCGCGGCCCCCGGGCCCUGGACCCCCGGUCCUGGCAUCGCGGUCGCCACCAGCCUCGGCCGGCAGCACUGAGGAGCCCGCGGGCUCGGGGCAGGGGGCAGAUACAUCCCCGGAGCCCAGCGCCGACGAGGACGACCUGAUGACUUGUUCCAACGCGCGUUGCCGGCGCACGGAGACCAUGUUCAACGCCUGCCUGUACUUCAAGUCCUGCCACAGCUGCUACACCUACUACUGCUCCCGCCUCUGCCGCCGCGAGGACUGGGACGCGCACAAGGCGCGCUGCGUCUACGGCCGCGUGGGCAGCGUGUGCCGCCACGUGCUGCAGUUCUGCCGCGACAGCGGCCCCGUGCACCGGGCCUUCUCACGCAUCGCGAGGGUGGGCUUCCUGUCGCGCGGCCGGGGCGUGCUCUUCCUGGGCUUCCCCAGCCCGGGCUCCGCAGACAACUUCCUGCGCUUCGGCCUCGAGGGACUGCUGCUGUCGCCCACUUACCUGUCGCUGCGGGAGCUGGCCACGCAUGCCGCGCCCCUAGGCAGCUACGCGCGUGAGCUGGCAGCCGCCGGGCGCCUCUACGAGCCGGCCGAGUGCUUCCUGCUCAGCGUGUCGGUGGCCGUGGGCCUGGGCGCCUCUUCCCCCGGCGCCCCUGCCCGCCCUGCGCCGCGCAGCCCCGGGCCCACCGUGCGCAAGUUUGCCAAGGUGGCGCUGGCCGCGGGCAGCCCAGCACGGCCGGCCCCGACCCCGGGCCAUGAGCCUGACAUGGAGACGCUGAUCCUGACACCGCCGCCUGGCACGGCGGGCUUGGACCAGGACGGCGAGGCGGGCCGGCGAGCCCGGGAGGUGGCCUUCAUCCACAUCCAACGCGAGCUGCGCAUGCGCGGCGUCUUCCUGCGCCAUGAGUUCCCGCGGGUCUACGAGCAGCUAUGUGAGUUUGUCGAGGACAACCGGCGCUUCACGCCCACCACCAUCUAUCCCACGGACCGGCGUACCGGCCGCCCCUUCAUGUGCAUGAUCAUGGCCGCCUCCGAGCCACGCGCGCUCGACUGGGUGGCCAGCGCCAACCUCCUGGACGACAUCAUGUGAGCCGCCGGCCCCAGGCGGUACCUCAGAGCCGGCUCAAUGCCCCCCAUCUGCCUAGCCCACCCAGCUCACCCCAGCACCUCCCCGUCUCCCCCAGUCUCGCCCAAUCCACCCAGGAACUCCACUCAGGACCCGCCUAGCCCGCUCAAGCCCCUUCCACCCCAACCUCCUCCGCUGCCCUCCCUAGUCCCGCUGGCUCUCCUUCCACUGAGUCCCUCGGGCCUCCCCAGAGGUCGGUCCUCGGCCGCUAGGUGCUCCCCACUGGGAGACUGAGGACCAGCCCUAGCCUUCAUGCGGAGGAGGGACCUUAGAGCAAAUCCCACUGCGCAGAUCCGGUCCCCUCCGUCUUUGUAUGUCCACAGGGCUUCCCUGGACCCCCUAGCGACCACAACACCCUCUGAUCCAAAGUCUGUCAUUUAAGUGAAUUCCCGGGAGUCAGGCAGUAGCCCAGCGGGUUAAGUGCACGCGGCGCAAGCGCAAGGACCAGCAUAAGGAUCCCGGUUGGAGCCCAGGCUCCCCACCUGCAGGGCAGUCGCUUCACAAAAGGUGAAGCAGGUCUGCAGGUGUCUUUCUCUCCCUUUCUCUGUCUUCCCCUCCUCUCUCCAUUUCUCUCUGUCCUAUCCAACAACGACGACACCAAGAACAACAAAUAACUACAACAAUAGAACAACAAGGGCAACAAAAGGGACUAAGUCUAAAAAUAAAUAAAUAAUAAAUUCCCAACACACACACACACACACACACCUCAUUGGGUGUGUAAGGUGUUUCCAACUCAGGAGUCCUCUCUUCUGGAGGACAGUUAGUUGGCCUGGGUGUGUCCCAGGAGCAUCCCGUCCUAGUGGGGAGGGCUGGUGGUGCUCCUGUGAUGUACAUUUCUGCUCCCAACAUCAUCCAGGGCACCUGCAAAACAUUUGCUGACCCUCCUAGCCCCUCACCUCCUGUCAUCCUGAUCUAGGCCCUGUAGGAGUUGUUGGGGGCAGCAGUAGAGUGUACUUGAAAAUCUUUCUGCAAGGCAGGAGGCCUACAGCCGGCAGAGAGCAAGCCUGGGUAGGUGCUAAGAAUGCAGGUGCAGGCACCUGCCCACAGUGGACAGGAUUACCCUAGGUGGGUUCCCAGCAGAGUAGGGGUGCAAACGGCUGCCAUCCAGACCCCUCAGAGGGAAGGGACCAGGUACAGUCAGUGGAUGCGCAAGGGGGAACACAAAGCUGUGCAGAGAGAUCCCUGUCCUCAAGUUGAAGUGGGUGCAGAGAGCAUGAGAACAGACAGGCGGGGUGGGUGUUGCUCACUGCUCAGGGUGGGAGGGGAUUCACCGGAGAGUGGGGCUGGGUAGCACAAACGACCCCACGUGCUUUUCCUUUCCCUGGCAGUGUGGGGGGGGGGGAAAGAAGGGGGGGUGCAGAUGAGUCUGGGGGUCGGUGGGUGACUGAGCCCGGGUCCCCAACUCUGGUUGAGUGACCCAGAGGGGGCAAGCGCUCCAGGAACCCCGGGUCUGUGUUGGAUGGAGUUGAGGCCUACCGCAGGCGCAUCCGGGUGCUCCCGGGAGAAGCCCCAGUAUCCAGAUACCGGGCACCCGCCUCGGCCCAGCGCCUUUCUUGCCCCGCAACCUCCCAAGCCCAGCCGCCGUGCCCCCCGUCCUGGGCUUCCACCUGCGCCCCGAUACCCCCUGGACCAAAAUAUCUUAAGAGGGCGAGUGCUUUCCAGCCCAGUAAAAUAAAGAAUUGAAUGUAA